UUAUGGCGGGACUGCGGCGGACAUUCUGACAUUGGGGGGUACUGACUUGGGGUCACUGACAUCCCCAGUGACACCAAUACAGUGAUCAGUGCUAAUAAAAAGCACUGACACUGUACUAAUGGCACUGGGCAGGAAGGGGUUAACAUCUGGGGUGAUCAAAGGGUUAACUGUGUGCUGUGUGUGUUUUAAUGCAUGUGUUGUGUGUGUUUUACUAUGUAAACAUGCUACUGUGUAUUUCUGUUCUGUGCUGUGCAGAGAAGUACACAGCAACAUGUUACUGCUGGCAGGAGAGAGACCUGUGUUGUUUACACACAGG